AUGGCCCAAAUACGUGCGGUUGAAGAACUGAGGAAGGUGGCACAAUUGAGAAUCUUGAAGAUCUGCUCAAGACAAGAUGAUUCUAUAAUAAUGUCUAAACCCCUGUUCUCCACCAUACAAAACCUCCCCUCCGACAACACUAUCUUCAUCAUAGGAAGUGGCAUCGUAGCACUAGCACGCUAUCUUGGCAAAUCUACCAGUUCCAGCAAUUGA